UGAUACACUGCACCAUAUAGUUCAAGGCACACACACAUUGGUGUUUCCACCAAAUACAGUGAGCAAAGUUAGCUGAAAAUUAAAACAUGGUUUCCGCCACCGUGGAUUCCGAUUUUGCAUUCUUGGAAUCUGUUCAACAAUACCUACUUGGACAUGAUUCCAUCAAUCUCAUGUCUGAAACCCACCAAGCUGCAUCUCAUGAUCCAUUUUCAGACCCUAAUAAAUGUGAUGGUGAUUCAGGGAACAUUGCUUUCCGAAGUGAGGAUGCAACGGCUGUGGUGGCGCGUGAUCAUGCGCCACCAACAUGGAAGCAUUACAGAGGGGUGAGGCGUAGACCGUGGGGAAAGUUUGCGGCCGAGAUUAGGGAUCCAAAGAAGAACGGAGCUAGGGUUUGGCUUGGCACGUAUGAUACCGAAGAGAAGGCGGCUUUGGCAUAUGACAAAGCCGCUUUCAAAAUGCGAGGCCAAAAGGCCAAGCUGAAUUUUCCUCAUCUUAUUGAUUCUGACAAUUCCGAUGAAUUGUCGGAGCCAGUAAUGAUGACAACUUCCAAGCGAAGUUUGUUAGAAAUUUCAUCACCGUCGUCCUCCUGUUCAGAUGAUAGCUCAGAAUCACAAGGGACAAAGAGGAGGAAGAGCCUGGCUGAACUACUGAAUAAAUUAGCCAAGAAUAGAAGCCAAGUCAAGGUGGAAUGUUGAAGUGGCUAGAGGAAUAUGCAUGUUGUACAAUUUGAUCAAUCAUUAAUAUGAGACUUCAACGAUUGUAAUGUAAUCUGGUGUUCAUAGAAUUAAUGCAAUUUUGUUCACCAUAAUAUUGUGCACUUUUCAAGUUUGAUGAAAUUAUUUGCAUACUAUU